GUUCCUUCCCAUCUAACAACAACGUCUAUUGCGUUUCAUGAUUGCCAAUAUCAACAUGACUGCAUGCUCUGGAUUCGUUCGCCAUUACAAGAAUUGAGAUACUAUCAUCCGAACCUCGUCUCGUGUGCUUGCGAAUCCGCCCAUCUAUCGUCUAUCACUGAGAACAGCAGUGAAGCUGGUAGAAUGGCGACCAAAAGAAAAGCCGCCGCAAUGGCCUCUGCUGAAGACGAUGAGCCGGUCGAUCCCUCAGAUGAACUCGUCUUUAUUGGCCUGGGUGGGUGUCAAGAGGUUGGCCGAUCAUGUCAUAUUCUGCAGUACAAGGGAAAAACAGUCAUGCUCGAUGCUGGCAUGCACACUGGCCGCGAGGGAAUGUCCGCCAUGCCUUAUUUUGACGAUUUUGAUCUCAGCACUGUGGAUAUUCUGUUGAUCAGCCAUUUCCAUCUCGACCAUGCAGCUGCUCUUCCUUAUGUGCUCGCAAAGACUGAUUUUAAAGGCAGAGUCUUCAUGACACAUCCUACAAAAGCCAUCUAUAAGUGGCUCAUUCAAGAUUCAGUGCGAGUGAGCAAUACUUCUUCAACAUCGGAUCAGAGAACUUCAUUAUAUACCGAGGCCGAUCAUAUAUCAACACUUCCUCAGAUUGAAACAAUUGACUUUUACACCACACAUACGGUAUCUGGGGUCAGGAUCACACCAUAUCCUGCUGGCCAUGUCCUCGGAGCCGCAAUGUUCUUGAUUAAUAUUGCUGGACUCAAUGUUUUCUUCACUGCCGAUUAUUCCAGGGAACAAGAUCGCCAUCUUGUUGCAGCUGAAGUGCCAAAUACAGCCACCGUGGGCAAGAUUGAUGUCCUCAUUACCGAAUCCACCUUCGGUAUAUCAAGUGCUCCACCUCGUGCAGAAAGGGAGGCCGCCUUACUCAAGGCUAUCUCCAACGUUCUCAACCGCGGGGGCAAGGUCUUAAUGCCUGUAUUCGCUCUCGGUCGGGCGCAAGAACUUUUGCUUAUCUUAGAGGACUACUGGCAACGACAUCCAGAGUUGCAAAAAAUCCCAAUUUAUUACACGGGAAACACUGCACGAAAAUGCAUGGUUGUGUAUCAAACAUACAUCAAUGCGAUGAAUGAUAAUAUCAAAAGGAUAUUCCGAGAACGUAUGGCAGAAGCAGAAGCAGCCGGCAAUGCCAAAGGAGUCAGCGCUGGUCCAUGGGAUUUCCGGUUUGUUCGAAGUCUGCGGAACCUGGAUAGAUUUGAUGAUGUGGGCGGAUGCGUUAUGCUAGCCUCACCAGGUAUGCUCCAGUCAGGAAUGUCUCGAAUAUUGCUAGAGCGGUGGGCUCCUGAUCCAAGAAACGGGGUGGUCAUGACUGGUUAUAACGUCGAGGGCACCAUGGCCAAGACAAUCCUAGCGGAACCAGAAAUGAUCCCGGCCAUCAUGAGUGGUGGUCAUACCGGUGUUGGACAGACGAUGGGUCGAAAAACCAGAGACGAAGACGCAGCAGUGAUGAUCCCGCGGCGGUGUACAGUGGAGGAGUUCCAGUUCGCAGCACAUGUUACUGGUGUGGAAAAUGUUGAGUUCAUUGAGCAAGUGGCUUCCCCUCAUGUUAUUUUGGUCCACGGCGAACGAUAUCAAGCAGCCAGGUUGAGAUCAAGAUUACUAGACCUCAAUUCUCGAAGGCUGGCGAGCAACCCGAACGCUCAACCGACCAAGGUCUACAGCCCGGAGAAUGGAGCCGAGAUCAAGAUACCGUUUCGAAAGGAUAAAAUGGCGAAGGUGGUCGGCAAACUUGCACAGAUUCCACCUCCGAGUUCGACCACAGACGAUUCUAGGGUCGUUAGUGGUGUCCUGGUCCAGAACGGCUUCAAACUGAGUCUGAUGGCACCUGAAGAUCUCCGAGAGUAUGCUGGCCUUACAACUACGACCAUAUUGUGCCGACAACAUAUCACUCUUGCAGCAGCGGGUAUUGAACUUAUUCGAUGGGCACUCGAGGGUACAUUCGGUAGUAUUGAGGAAGUAGGCGAAGUCAAGCCUGAAGUCAAUGGUCACACGGACUCGCUCAGCAAGCAGAACGGUGUCAAGGACGAAGAAGAAGCCGACGAAGAGAUCGUGACGGAGCCACAACGAACCUUCCUCAUCAUGGGUUGCGUAACCCUCAAAUGGUCAGGGCGACAAAAAGAAAUCGAGUUGGAGUGGGAAGGUAACACAAUGAACGACGGGAUCGCAGACGCCGUCAUGGCUGUAUUGAUGACCGUGGAAAGCAGUCCCGCAGCGGUCAAGUACUCAUCAUCAAAAAGUGGACACAGCCACGUGCAUGAGCACAAUAGCUUCCCUCGUAACGAGCACAAGAGUAUCAGCACAGAGGACAGAUUCUCCCGACUCUGUAUGUUUCUUGAAGAGCAAUUCGGAGACAAUGUCACACCAAUCGAGAAACCCAAAGUCUCGUUUCAGCCGGACAGCAAACCAAACGAUGCCCAGGCUGAGGAUGAAACAUCAGAUGAAGACCUUGAAAGUGCUGAGAUGGCAGACCGAGCAAGGCUUGCUGCUAUGGGGAUACCAGUUCCAGGGCUGGAAAUUCGUGUCGACAAGAACGUGGCAAAGCUCUGGUUGGAAAACUUGGACGUUGAAUGCGGCAAUGCCGUGCUACGAGAUCGGGUCAAGGCCGUCGUCGAAAGAGCCGUCGAGACUAUUGCUCCAUUGUGGGCGAACCAGACACAACAUGCAAAGGCACAAACUGCUUGAAAGAAAGCCAUCAGCAUUAGACGAUCGAUUGUUUCCCAAUCAACGCUGACCCACCGUGGACAAUGAUCCGUCAUCGAUUUGCCGAGCCCACAGGUACCAAAGUUGUUCCUUUGUGCUGUACGAGUACUCCGCAACUGUGCUCAACUCACUUCAACGGCAAUAUGAGUUACUCGUACUCCGUACCUCGUACUGAAGCGAAUGACUCUCCACUCCACAGCUUAGACGUCUUUUUUUGCGGGGGAAAGCAUGUCCACUAAUAAGCUUACAAUUGCCGGUUCGCCCAGACCUUGUCACUUCGGUCGUGCAUGACAAGGAACUCGACGAGUCAGACCACAAUCACACCUCGGUAGGGAGCACAAGAAGCGUAGUAUACGAGAUCUUAACAGAAGAUCUUUACCCGAGAGGGGGCUUUUGUAGAACUACUACUACAUAUAUAUGUAUGAUGAUAUUAUUCCUACCCUGA